GUUCCACAGAAGCGAGUGAGCUCUCCUCUGUUGUUUCCGCUCAUCCUCUUGCAUGAGAACAAUGCCAAUGUUCGCCACGACCCUCAGCUCCUUCCCGUCGAUCUCCUCCUUCUCACAACUUUCCUCUUCUUCCUCCGAUGUCUCCAUUUCACCUUCAAUCUCCUUUCCGUUCUCCAAUCAAUUCAAUUUCUCAAAGUAUGCCCAUAAAUUAUCGGCCGUGAGAAACCACUGGUGUUAUACUGCUAAAGUCUCCGUCUCUGGUAAUACUGAAAUUGAUGAAAAUCCUGAGACCCAACUCCAUGAUGACCCGUCUUCCUCACCGGACGCCGCUCGCCUGGCUCGGAGAUCUGCUGAUUGGAAGGCUGCAAAGACAUAUAAAGAUAGUGGGUUCAUCUAUGAUGGCAGAAUUGAAGACUUUAAUGGUGGAGGACUGAUAGUUCGAUUUUAUUCUCUUGUGGGGUUUCUCCCAUUCCCACAGUUAAGCCCACUGCAUUCUUGUAAAGAGCCAAGCAAAUCUAUCCAGGACAUUGCAAAAGGUUUAGUGGGUUCUCUUAUAUCUGUGAAGGUAAUUCAAGCAGAUGAAGAUAAAAGGAAAUUGAUCUUCUCUGAAAAGGAAGCUGCCUGGUCUAGAUAUUCUGACCGGGUCAAGGUUGGGGAUGUCUUGGAAGCAGUGGUUGGUUCUGUUGAGGACUAUGGUGCUUUUGUUCAUUUGCUCUUCCCUGACGGCCUUUAUCACCUCACUGGUCUGGUACACAUCUCUGAAGUGUCGUGGGAUCUAGUUCAUGAUGUCAGAGACAUCUUAACAGAAGGUGAUAAAGUGAAGGUCAAAGUUAUUAGUGUUGAUCGAGAAAAAUCAAGGAUUAAGCUAUCAAUAAAACAGUUAGAAGAAGAUCCACUUCUAGAAACUCUUGAUAAAGUGAUACCUCAGAGUGGCUCAGAUGAUCUUGAAUCUUCAAGUGAUGGCACUAGCAAUGCUAUUGAGCCUCUACCUGGGCUUGAAACGAUACUUGAGGAGCUACUCCAGGAAGAUGGGAUAGAUGAUGCCAGAAUCAGCCGUCAAGGUUUCGAAAGACGGGUGGUUUCACAGGACUUGCAACUUUGGCUCUCUAAUGCACCUCCCAUUGAUAAAAGGUUUACUCUCCUUGCUCGGGCCGGAAGGCAGGUACAGGAAAUACACCUGACUACAUCACUUGAUCAGGAAGGUAUCAAAAGGGCGCUGCAAAGGGUAUUGGAACGUGUUCCUUAGUCCUGAUGAUGAUGCUACCUGUUUUGCAUGGUUAUCACACUUUUAGAGUCCAGAAUAUCUCACACUUAAAGAUUCAAAUAUUGACCAAGAGAGUUCAAAUGUGGGCCCUUUGUAUGUGAUAUCCACUUCCAUGUUUUAUGCCCAGAAAUACAUGGGCAAAUAGUAAUUCUCUCUAUUCUUCCUUGUAGGACUUUUCAAGGACGGAAAUCUUCACUAUUCUUUGUCCUGAGUUCUGAACUUCUAAUCGUACAUAUGUUGUCAUGACUCAUGAAUCUCAAAAGUUAACAAGUAAAUUGAUGAUUUUCUUUUUGUU